AUGGGCUGGCUACGCAAGAAUCUUCUUCUUGUGAGCACAGUUGCUUCUGUUAUUAUUGGUGCAAUCCUGGGCUUUAGCCUACGCAGUCUUCAUCUGGAUGUACAGACGAUUACGCUGUUAAGUUUUCCUGGAGAAAUUCUGAUGAAUAUGCUGAAAAUGAUGAUAUUACCACUUAUAGUCAGCUCAUUGAUAUCAGGUUUGGCACAACUGGACGCAAAACAGUCUGGUAAAAUGGGAACUAUUGCUUUGGCUUACUAUUUUGCCACUACAUUUAUUGCUGUUGUUACCGGAAUUUUCCUGGUUUUUUUCAUUCAGCCAGGAGAUCCACGUAUCAAGCAGGAUCUUGGUGAAGGAGCAGAAAGUAGGACUGUCAGUACCUUAGACACGUUUAUGGAUUUGAUUAGAAAUAUGUUCCCAGAAAAUAUUGUUCAAGCAACAUUUCAAGUGGCACAAACAAAGUAUGUUUCGGAACGACCAAAAAUAAAACCAAAAAAUUUAAGUAUUGAUGAAUUGAUGAUGUUUAACAAUGGUUCAAUGAACAUCACACGAUCUACCGUUGUUCAUGCACCCGGAAUCAAUGUGAUGGGAAUUAUUGCAUUUUGCAUUGCCUUUGGUAUUGUUGUAAGCCAGUUGGGUCCGCAAGGUCAACCGAUGGUAGAAUUUUUUUCUGUGAUGGAUAAAGUAAUCAUGAAAUUAGUAUCGAUGAUUAUGUGCUAUUCACCGUUUGGUAUAAUGUGCUUAAUCAUGGGUAAAAUAUUGGAAAUUGAAAGUUUGGUGGAUACAGUGCGUAUGUUAGCGAUGUAUAUGCUCACCGUAUUAAGCGGUUUGGCAAUUCAUGCGCUUAUCAGUUUACCAUUAAUAUAUUUCAUGUGUACACGUAAAAAUCCAUUUUUGUUUAUGAGAGGUUUACUGACUGCUUGGAUUACUGCACUGGGAACAGCAUCUAGUUCUGCCACACUUCCAGUAACAUUUCGUUGUCUAGAAGAAAAUCUUGGUGUUGAUAGACGUGUAACACGUUUUGUUCUUCCGGUUGGAUCAACAAUUAAUAUGGAUGGUACAGCACUGUAUGAAGCGGUAGCAGCAAUAUUUAUUGCCCAAAUGAACGGUGUGCAAUUAACAUUUGGUCAAGUUAUUACUGUCAGUCUUACAGCAACACUGGCUUCAAUAGGAGCUGCAGCAAUACCGUCGGCCGGUUUAGUAACGAUGCUUAUCGUUCUUUCAGCUGUUGGUCUUCCAGUUAAGGAUGUAUCGUUGAUUGUAGCCGUCGACUGGCUUUUAGACCGAGUUCGAACAUCGAUCAAUGUUGUUGGCGAUUCAUUUGGUGCCGGUAUUGUCUACCACUACAGUAAGGAUAACUUGGCUGUUUCAGAUGCCGAACAUCGUCUAACAGAACAUCAUAGUGAACGAGGUUAUUAUUAA